AUGCGACGCACGUGGGGCUACAUGCUCGACUCCCCGCUCAUGACGGGGACCACGCUCGUGGAGGGGAUGAGCGCCAACGGGUCGUUGUACUACCGCUCGCAGCGGGGGUAUAACUACGACGCGGCGUAUACUUCGCUCUCGCACAGCUGGUCUACGGGGCCGACGCAGGCUCUUAGCUUCAAGGUUGUCGGACUUGAGGUCGUUGGGUGGGGGAGGUGGCGGUUCGAGCCGCAGAUGGGGGAUCUGAGGAGGGCUGAGGCGGGGUGGAGGGAUGGGAAGGGGGGUGAGUAUGGGGCUGUUGUUGUGGUUGAGGGUGGUGGUGGUGAUGAUGGACAGGGGGAAGAUGGGGUAUUGGAGGCCGAGAUUCUGACGCCUAAUGGGACUGAGGGAGUACUUGAGAUCCCGUAUUGUGAGGUUUUGCUUGUUGAUGGGGAGAAGUGGGAUGGUGGUCGUCUCCAAGGAGGGCGGACGAAAAACAUGACAGUGGGUAGUCACAGUUGUUAG